AUGAACCUGGCCAAAGCGUGCUUGGCCAAGCCUGGAAGCAAAGUGGUGAGUCUCUUUAAGUAUGUCAACUCACCCCAGGCACAUGUGGCUGCAAAGAAAAAGGCAAAGAAGAAAGAGUUCAAAGAAUGGGAUGGUGAACAGGAUGGUGAACAGGACAGUGAACAGGACGGUGAAUGGGACAGUGAAUGGGACAGUGAACAGGACAGCAAACAGGACAGUGAACAGGAUGGUGAAUGGGACAGCAAAUGGGACAGUGAAUGGGACAGUGAACAGGACAGUGAAGAUGAGAAGCAAGAUAUGACAACUUUAUUCAAUGGUAUCAAGGUAUUUUCCAUAUCAUCAUUCCUCUUAUGUAUUUACUAA